AUGUAUGCGGAUACCGAUAACCUGUAUGAAUGGGAUAUGAGUAGCUAUCCACUGACUGGUGGCUUUGAAUGGAUUAACACCGACUUAACCAACCUUGGAGACCCUUGCAGUGAAGACGACCAAGGAUUUAUAUUGGAGGUAGACCUCGAAUAUCUCAAGGAACUUCAUGACUACCACAAUGACUACUCGCUUGCCCCGGAAACUGUACAGCUGAACAAAGUGAACACAAACGGACUUAUAUCGUUUUUCCAAUCUAUAAGAUCAUAUACAUCAGAAGCGUUUCCUAAAAUAGGCGAAAGAAUAGUACUUGCUCCUUUCUGGGCUGAUAUAAAUACUGGUGGAUGUGGUUCAACUUGUAGUAUAUGGUAUAGAGAAUCAACAGAGUUUGUAGACCUCAUCAAAGCUACUACCGAGAUCCGGUACUUUUUUCCUGUAAUGAAGCAAUUUAAUGCAAGCUGGACGUAUAUUGCUACUUGGUUUAAUGUGCCAUUCUUCGGAGCCUCAUCUUUAGGUAUGAACAAGAGAAAUACGUUUCAAGCUGUUUUGAUAACAGACAGCAAAAGUUCAUUUGUAAUUUUCAACUAUAAUAAGAUAGAAUGGACCACAGGGACGGCUAGUCAAGGCAAUGCUGAUACCGGACUUGAUGGAAUACCUGCUCAGGUCGGUUUUAAUAUGGGUGACGAAAUUCACUAUUAUUCUGUAGAAGGGUCACGAAAAUCCGAAAUUAUCAAUUUACCUAAUCUAUCAAACGUCAAAUAUCCAGGAAAAUUUAUAUUCCGGGUAGAUUUGCCAGACAUAGAAUCUGCACCAACACCAGAUGCUGAUCAAUGCUUUCUCAAGGCAGCGGACAUUCUACUCGUUGUGGAUUUAUCCCUCAGUAUAGACAUAAAUAAUUUGAAAAGCUUAAUAUCUGAUUUAAUAUCAAAGUUGCCAAUUAAUGCUAUGGAAUGUCAGAUUGCAAUGAAAUCUUUUUCAACAUCAGCAAAAACAGAAUUUCGUUUUAAAGACCAUAAAACCAAUUCUGAAAUCCUUGCACACAUUGCAAAAAUGAGCACGGUCAAAGGUGUUUCAAAUCUAGAGGAUGCAUUGAGUUUUACUAUGUAA